CCGCCGCCUCCUCCCUCGCCCGCAGCGGAGCGUCCCCUCCCCCACCCGUCAGGCUCCUCGGCAGCUACUGCAGAGGAUUCGGAGCCGAGUCGCUGAGGAGGAGGAGGAGGAGGAGGCUCCCGGUCCCUGCGCGCCAUCCGCCACCUUACUGGACACAGGCGCGGGAGCGAGACGAGCGUCGCCUCCGUAGCCUCCGGAGGAGACAAGGGCAUCGCCGCCGCCGCCGCCGUUUUCGCCUGCAGCGGCUCGCCGGAUCCUCAGUCUUCCACAAUGAACCCCGUGUACAGCCCCGUGCAGCCUGGGGCUCCUUAUGGCAACCCUAAGAACAUGGCUUACACAGGUUACCCCACAGCCUAUCCAGCAGCAGCCCCUGCCUACAACCCCAGCCUGUACCCCACCAAUAGCCCCAGCUAUGCUCCAGAGUUUCAGUUCCUGCAUUCAGCUUAUGGAUACCAUGAAGCAACUCUGCUGAUGAAACAGGCCUGGCCACAGAACUCGACUUCCUGUGGCACUGAAGGCACCUUCCACCUCCCAGUGGACACCGGGACCGAGAACCGAACUUACCAAGCAUCCUCUGCGGCUUUCAGAUAUACUGCGGGGACACCAUACAAGGUCCCACCGACCCAGAGCAAUACCGCUCCACCCCCCUACUCCCCAUCACCCAACCCCUAUCAGACGGCCAUGUAUCCCAUCAGAAGUGCCUAUCCUCAGCAGAAUCUGUACGCCCAGGGAGCCUACUACACACAGCCGGUGUACGCUGCCCAGCCCCACGUCAUCCACCACACCACGGUCGUCCAGCCCAACAGCAUUCCCUCUGCCAUCUACCCGGCACCUGUAGCUGCCCCCAGGACCAACGGCGUGGCCAUGGGCAUGGUGGCUGGCACUACCAUGGCGAUGUCAGCAGGUACCCUGCUGACUGCACCCCAGCACACCGCGAUUGGGGCACACCCUGUCUCCAUGCCAACAUACAGGGCUCAAGGGACCCCUGCGUACAGCUAUGUGCCACCACACUGGUAAAGCCUGCAGCCCAUCCAAAUCCGGAGCCACACAUUGUAUGCAACUACUCAAGUCUUACCGGUGCUGGAGCAGCUCCCUAGCAGCACCACCUCUAUUUGCAAGAAGAGACAACGGAAGUGCAAGGGUCACUUUAUGCAUCUUUAGCGGUUUUGAUUUUUAUUUUUGGUUUAUGUAAAAGCUGCUUUUUCUAAUCUCCCGCCUCUCCCCACUACCCUCCUCUUAGCCACUGCCCUUCCAGCUUCACCCCUCCUCCUACCUGACCAGGCACUUCCUCUCUGCUCUUCUUCUUCCCUUCCCCACGCGUCCGUUCCCGGGGAUCCGGUGAGCGGCAGGUAGAGAGAGGGGGGUAUUGCAGUGGUUCAGCUGAAGGCACGAUUUCCGAUUUUCUUUGAAAAGCCUAACAGAUGUUGGGUCAGGGUGGGAACUCAGAGCUGUUGAGCAGGCUCCAUCUUUGGGGGAUUGUUUCCUUUUUUUUAAUUUUUCUCAAGAUUAGUUUAGGGCAUUACCAUGUCCUGACACAAAUGAAAUGUCUUCUGAGAACCAUCACAACAGACCAAGAACAAAACACCCGAUUAGGUAGGAGUGUUCAUAGGAGCUUAAUAUCUGUUCUCACCUGGGAAGAACAGGUUUUGGGAGGACAUUUGGGGGUGGGGGGAGCACUGUGUGAGGGAAGAGGGAGGGGGUACCUGCCUGCUGGCUUUGGUUUGUAAGGCCUCCGGCUAGAUUGCCUGGGCCUAGACCCUCUGAUUUGCACAGUGAUGUAAACUGACCUGGCACUUCCUCAGAAGGUGAUUUUGACUUCAGACCUGCCAAGCAGCUGCAGGGUGGUGGGCUCCCAGGGUGGAAGGCCAGGUGCCCUGUGUAAUCCAGACCUUGGCCCCUGAGCCCCCAUGGACCCACUCUGAUGAGGAGCCAGCUCCUGAUUAGCGUGGGGACCUGUGGCAUUUCUCUCCCUUCCUUCUGCCCUUCCCAGUGCCAGAGCUCACCCAUCUGUCCUCGGGGCUGGCAGCAGGCCAGGCUCUUGGUUACCUUUAGCCACUCAUGGCCAAAGUGAAGGAACCACAUUCCAGAUGGGUGCUGGCAGCUCUGAAGGUCAGAACAGUGAAGGAAAAGCAAUAGCAAUAAACAUUUCAUAGACUCAUGGACCUGAAGGGACCUUAGCAAUCAUCUCAUCCAUUCCCCUAUUUGACAGAUGAGGAAGCUGAGGCCUGGAGAAGAGGACAGGACUUCCCUAGAGCUCGCAGUAAAUUAGCAUUAAAUGCAGCCUUUCUACCUAGGGGCAUGUUGCCCACAAAAGUUGACCUAGGGAUGGAUUGGCUUGGUUUUGUAAAAAUUAAGUCGGCAGUGCCCACAUCUGGUGAGCUCUGGAACAGUAGCUGUCAGUCUGGGUUUUUGUUUCUGUUCUUUCCCUCCCCAGACUCCAAAGGCAGGGGGAAGACGGGGCAGAGGUUGCAUGGGAGCAGAUGGCAGGAACAGAAAUUGGAAAUGAAGAAACAGCAUUUGGGAAUUCUGUGAAUACAUCUGGAAUUUAUGUCCUAUACCUGACUCCAGCCCUAGGAGGAUGAGCAGGUGGGCUGUGAAAAGGAGGGUCCAUGCAUUUAGGACAGCAGCGCUAAUCCUGAGAGGGGAGGAGGACCAGGAUGAGGCCUGAGAGAUGAGGUGGCGCUGGGUCAGGAGGCCCUGCUAGGCCACCUCGGCUAGGAGCCUGGUUUGCCCCCUGCACCUAGCCCAUGGCUGGGCCAGCAGCACCCCCUAGUGGGGGCAAGGACACAUUUUACUGUACAGAGUGGGAUCAUUGAUAAUAUUUGGGACUUUUAAAUAAAUUUUUAAAUUCAUUCAAACGUGGACAUAUCCCUCUCUCUACCUCCCACCACUGCCUAAAGGAGGAAAAAAACAGAAACCCUUGGGCCAGGAGGGCAGAGGCCCUCAGCCUCCUCAGCCCAGAGUCAGUUGGGGCCAGCCUUCCUGGCCUGCAGGGACUGGAGGGCCAGGCAGGAGCCCAGCUGUGGACGGUCUGUCCCGGGGGCUGAAGUUCCAUUUUAAAGUUUCCCCGUGUUAAUCCAUGUUUUGCAAAUACCUCCUCCUCUCUGGUUUAGAUCAUGUCCUACAUAUUUGGGAAAUGCCAAAAUAAUAACAACAGGAAACCUUUGCAUUUAUCAGGUGCUUCAUAGAUUUCAGAGCACUUCACAGCCUGUGAUUGACUGGCCCUGAGACAGAGCGACACGGGCAGAGUUAUACCCACUGGCCAAUGAGGAGCUGGUUCUAGGGGGAGAGGGAACUUGCCGAGGGAGCAGAACGCUGGCCCCGGACAGACUUCCUGAACCUGCGGCAUCCAGAUGGGCUGCGGAACCAGAGAGGAAGGGAAAGAGGAGACUUAGGGAUGACCUUGUUACUUCUGUUCUUCUACACCAGUAAGGAGAAACUAAUGUCUAGAACCUUGCAGUUCACAGAACAAUUUCACAUCCAUCCUCUGAUUUAAUCCUAUAAAACAGAUUAUUCCUCCCAUUUGACUUAGGAAACAAACUCAGAAAAACAAAGUAACUUGUCUAUCUGCUUUCUCUCUCCAAUCUGACUUAUUCACAAGCUUGCAGACUGACGCAUCUAUGCUCUGUACCCUCUCAGCCCUAGUAUGUAACUCAAUAUCAAAGACAGGCCCUACGGCAUAACCAAGGCAGAAAGGCCGUGUCUGAGAAGCCCAGGCCCAGCCCCCUUUUGUAGAACGCGUGCUGGAGCUUCGUUCUCUUGCUCUGAUGGAGAGUCAUUGCAGAGAGACUGAGCCAGGACGGGGCAGCACACCUGGCAGGCUCACAGGUGUCUGUCAGGAGGUGCCAUGGGCAUCAUCCAAAGGUACUGGUGGCCCAGUGGUCAAGCUGGACAGAAGGUCAGAGCCAGGAGGGCCCUGUCACUGUAGAAAGGCCAGCGAGCCAGAGAGGACAGGGUGUGCCAACAUGACAGUGAGCUGCAGUGCUGGCCCCGCAUGCAAAUCCACCUCCGCUGCCUCUCCCAGCACCACAGCUUGGUGGCCGGCGUUCAGGGUAUGUUCGUGGUUCUAGUCACCAACCAACCCUUUCCCUCCCCUUUCCCUUCUAUUUGACUCCCUCUCAGUAGCCUGGGGCCUAGGAAGCUGGAGUACCCCCAAUCUGCCACAUUUUGAAAAUGUUUUAAAAAUGUCUUCCCCAUGAGACAGGACAAUUGCUGUUCCUCUCUCUCUCCUGGUAAUGUUCCUAGAGUGAUACCCCCUUCCCUAAAUGUUGAACAAGGACAUACACCUGUCCAGAGUGUUUUCAUGUACAAAGUACUUUGACAUUGAUUGCCAAAAUACCCAUCUUACAACUAAGUCUCAGAAGUCUCAAGACUUGCCAAAGGUCACAGAGCUCAAGAGAAAGAGCCAGCACUUGAACUCUCUUCAGCUUCUCUGCUCUUCUUGCCGGCACCUGCUGAUUCUGAGUGGCAGGGGUGAGGAAGGGAUGGCUUCCUGUCUUAUCCCUCGGGUGAGGACCAGGACCUGAGACCGCAUAGUCCUGAUUCUUACCCCAACUCCUACCUCUGGCUGCUGGUUCCAGGUCUGAGGGAUCUACGUGUCGAGGUCUGGGGUGCUGCUUUGUUCUGCGUGGCCUCCGGAGUGAGUGGUGGGACAUAAAGUAGGCAGGCCUCUUGGUCACCACAUUCUGGUGUUGUUCAGACAGGACUAGGCCAGUCUUAGCCAGGCCUGGAGCCCUGCAUGUCAGAUUCCUCGGCUCUGCUGCAUGGCCCGAGAGGGAGGGCUGACAAGGCGUGGGUCUUGGGCACAGCACUCUGACCAGAAAAAUGUAGAUCUUACUGUGGCAUUUCUCCUCGUUGUAGUUGAAAGCGUGUGGCAACUCUUGCUUUUCCAUCCUGCAUUCUACCACAUCGCUACGGGGUAUUUCUAAGCUAAGCUUAGAAUCCAGAGGGGUUAGGCAGGCUCCAGGAGGAAUCCAGGCCCAAUCCACCGGAAAGCAGGAUCACAGUAGACACUCAGCCAGGCUGACAUCAGAUUCUACGGGCAGGCCAGGCUAGCUGCAGCAUCUGUCCUUUACCUGUUCAUGCUCCCCUCGCCUAGAGAACUCAUUUCUGAAAUUAGGCAUUACGUAGUUCCAGGGCCCAGCUGUCAAAAUUUCCUGCAGGCCAGUUUCAACAUUCCAUAGCCAACCUUGCCUGAAGCAGACGUGGGUCCCUCUCACUCAGUUUCUUCAGUAGGUGUUUUCUGUCUUGCAUGCUAUUGCAUCCAGCCCAGUGGCCGAGUGAGACACACAGGAGGUGGGACUGGGCGUCACAGAGCCUGACGGAAACCAGAGCUCACUUUCCUGUGGCUGCAUCCCAGUCCCUAGGCCCCGGCGUGGUGGUGAGACCAGGCACCCAGUCCAGCGCCCAGUACAGGGGUGUUUUCCUUCCCGGAGAGAACAGGCAGAACAGAUUUGCAGAUAAGUACCACCCCCUGGGAGUCAAAUGGGUGACAUCAUCUUUGAGCCGGACCCCAGCAAGACCAGCAUCUGCAGACUCCAGCCUUCCUCCUCCAGCUGAGAUUGGGAAGGGGGGGCGGCCUGAGACACCUGCUCGGGUCAGCGGAUUGUCCGGCUCUAGGGUGGGACUUGAGCUUCCCCUCGCCGAGGCGGCCAGACCAGGCCUCUGCUUAGAGUUGUCUGUAAUGACCUUGAAAGGCCGGGGCCUGUCCCCAUCUCCUGUUUCAUAUCACCUGUUCUCAUGGCAUGUUACAUCCCUGUGAGAGUGUUGUAUAUGAUUUUGUAUUUUUUAAUUCAUUUUAAUCUACA